AUGACACAUCGCCGCCUCGGACCCAACGGCCUGUCCGCUGGAGAGGGGGCAGAGCGCCCGGCAAGCGCCCGGUUUGGGGAUGAGCGGGAUAACGUCAUCCCGGGCUGGCUGUCAUUGCCUGGCGCCUCUCCCGGCUUGCUGGGGCUGCAUCCUGUGGGCGCUGCCAAGGGCGAGGCUGAGAAGCGGCUGAGCGUGCAGUACACGGCGGGCGAGGAAUGUCCCGACAACGUCUUCUUCCCCAGCACACGGCCCCCGCACCUGGAGGAGCUGCACAACCAGGCCCAGCAGGGACUGAAGUCCCUGCAGCACCAGGGUUCCACCUUCCGACCGCACGACUCCUUUCCCAAAUCCACUGAGAGGGCUGGCAAGAAGAGGAAGGAGAGGAGGACGACGGUGCUGGGCAUCCCCCAGCAUGUCCAGAAGGAGCUGGGUCUCAGGAGCAGCCAGGAAGCCAAGGGACGCCCCGAGGCUGAUGGGCGAGGGCAGGCAGGGCGCGGGGGCAGCCAGGCACCGCAGCCCUUGCUGAACGGUGGGCAAGUCUCCGGCAACGCCAUCCGCAUCCCCACCAUCGACGGGAAGCUGCAGCCCCUGGCUGUCCCCGGGGGCGCCCGNGUCUGCCUGGGAGCCCUGGAGGAGGCAGACGCAGCCCUGCAGAAGCACAUCAACCGGGUUUACUACGACGACACAUUGCUGGGGAGGAAGACAGCAGCCAAGCUGUCGCCCAUGGUGAGGCCAAAGUCGUUGGCCGUGCCAGGCAUGACCACCAACGCCAGUCCCCCAGAGCUGCUGAGCCCCGUCAUGUCCAUCUCGCCCCAGGGCACCUACAUGUCCAAGAUCAUCCCCAAUGCCAUCCUGCCGCCCAUGGUAGAUGUGGUGGCCCUGACGCGGAGCAGCGUGCGGACACUGAGCCGCUGCAGCCUGGUGUCAUCCAGCCCGGCCUCGGUGCGCUCCCUCUCCCCCGAGGCCUCGCGGGGCAGCCCCGGGGUGACGGUGGUGCUGAGGGAGCCCCAAGCUCAGCCCAAGUGGAGCUGCCUGGAUGGGUCUGACCGCACCAUGUCCCCCUCCAGCGGCUACUCCAGCCAGGCUGGGACCCCCACGCUGCCCACCAAGGGGCUGGGACCCUCAUCCGCAUCCCCGGGCAGGGCUCAGCCCCAGAAGCCAGACCGGGUCAGCUCCCUGCAGUCGCCUGCACUCUCCAUGUCCUCCUCCCUCACCUCCAUCUCCUCCUCGGCUUCAGACCCAUGCCCUCCUGAACGCUGGGGGGCGGGGGAAAAGCCACUGGGCAGCAGAGCGGCUCUGCCCGGCGCCGAGGGGCCCCCCGGGGACGGUCAGCUCUCCCCCAGGCACAAGUCACCGGCUUCCACCGCCAGCUUCAUCUUCGCCAAGAGCUCCAGGAAGCUGGUGAUCGAGACGGCCUCGUCUCCCGAGGCGCAGGCCGACCUGAAGAGGAACUUGGUGGCCGAGCUGAUGAAUUUCUCGGGGCAGCGCUCGGCAGCCCCGGCUGCCGCCCAGCAGGGCCCUGGCAAGGUGCAAGCCCACCGAAAACCCAGCAAGAUCCCCCCUCCGGUAGCCAAGAAGCCUUCACUUGGCCCAGGGCCGGCUCCUUCCCCCUUGAGCCCGAAGGUGCCAGGGGCAGAGGCGCUGGGCUCCCCCGUGCCGGACGGGAAGGCCAAGGCAGUGCCGGUAGACGAGAGCAGGACUAAGAGUGAGCCGGCAGGGACGGCGGCCUCGGGGAUGGAGGGCAGGAGCACCGCGGAGCCGCCAGUGCAGAGCCUCCCUGCACAAGAUGGACGGGGAGGGACGGCCUGA